AUUCAAUUUAUAAUUCAGUCAAAGACUGAAACACAAAAUCCCAAAUUCAAAGUUUGACACAAAGAAUGGAUGAGGGCCAGAAGAGUGGGUCGGAAAGUGCUGAUAAUGGCGGGCAAUCGGAUCAACAGCGGGAGCAGCAAGAUGGGGAGCAGCAGCAGCAGCAGCAUCAAGUCGAAAGACAGCUGGAUGAGCAACAGAAAGAUCAACAGCAUCGACAACAGGUAAUGGAGCUAAUAGAUCGGCGUAUAGCCCUAUUGCCUAAGCGAGAUACCCAGGAGCGGCGGCAGCACGUGGUGCUGCAAUUGGGUGACGAUCAUGUGGGUGCCACAGAUACGGAACGAGUGGAGUUAGAAAUGGAGCCAAAGCCAGCGUCCCUACCCGAUGGAGAACAGGCUACCUGCAGCAAGAGUCGACAGACCCUGCCCAUAACAAUUGAUCAGCACAAGUUAGAUGAGGCCAAAGUUCUAGUGAAGGAUAUGCUGGAGACAAUAUUGCCUAGGAGCGAAACUGAUGAAGCUGCACAAACGGCCCAGCAUCCAAUUAUUUGCACUGAAGAGCGCAUACAAAACAUUCUACAUCUUCUAGAUCAUUUUACGCACAACCUGGAGGCUAUUGAGGGGCACUUACUGGCGUCAGGAAACAUACCGGCGACAAAGACGAUAGAAGGUAGAGCCGAUGAAAAGUCGAAGCCCCAGCUGGAUAUUCCUCAUGAGAGUCCACAGCUGCGUCUGAGCGAAAUUAUGGAAAUGCCACGGCCACAUUGCGAGGGGGAAGUGGCAGCUGUGGCGCAUUUAUCCACACAAACUAACGAGUCCACCGCCUCCUUGGUGCUGAAUGUGACCAGAGGUGCCAGCAUCAGUAAAGCUCCGCGCAAAUCCAACGCUCUACUGGACAUGCGUCCACCCUGUGAGCGCAGACACCACACCAUUACGAUUAGUGCCAAUAAUGCGCCACCACGACCCCAACCCGUCCAACGACGCACCUUGGGGGCGCGCACUGUCCAGAGUCUGAGCGACUUUGCCGCUGCCCUGUGCUUGUGCCUACAGGUUAACAAGGAUUGCAUAUUCUGUCUGGGAUUUUUUAUUGCCUUUGUGGUGAGCGCGUCGUUUCUCACUGCUUUCUUCUAUCGCACACUUAGCCUUACCACGCAAAGUAUGCGCCUCACGCGCGAAAUGCUUGCCACUAGCGCUACCGUAGACGGCGAUGCUGGCCUACGAACGGGCUACUAUUAUUUUUCUCAUGGCCGACAUGCACGUUUCACUUAAAAACUCUCUCUCGUAUUGUUUAUUGGCUAACCAAAAAUUUAAUAAAUGCAAAUUGUUUUGAGAACGAGAA